AUUAACGGGACAUCGACAUGCAGCAUGUACAACGCAGCCAGAGCUGAGGGCAGUUGGAGUUGGUCAUUUUACCUCUCGGAGGUUGAAUUCUCGCUGUGGCGUUAAAGAAUAACAUUCAACGUACUCGAUUGACGACGAGAUAACGCUGAAAAUAAGGUUCUAAUUGGGAAAGUUGCUGUGAAAGAGCCAGCUGUUUCCAUCAUUAGAUUGCAUCGUAGAUUCCUGGUUAAUGCAUGAUGAGGUUUCCUGCCGGACUCGUCAACGGGAAUGUGGUCAAGAGACUGCCGGACAAGCAUCAUUAACCGAAGCCAAUUGCUCGGCCUAAUUAUUAAUGUGGCGAGCUGUCUGUUAAUGGAUUGAAACCAGAAGCAGCAUUGUGUCAUUUAAUUGGAUGUAGUUCCUAGAAUUACUUUCUCAAACUAGUUGGAACUUUGACAACUGCACAGUCACCUUAUUUUUUUCAUUAAUAGAACCAAAGCUCUCACAUGAUACACUGCAGUGAUCCUGAACACCGUUAGAGGAAUGAAAUGAUUGCGACUGUACAGUUUGGGCUAAAUAUCAUGUGAUAUUUCUGCAUAUUUGCUUGCUACAAAACACAGAAACAUAUACUGUAGCAUUACAAUGGCUGAAGAAAUCAAGAGGUUGCUAGAAUGUCCGAUGUGCUUGGAACUUUUCACUUCUUCCUCUCGGAAGCCCAAGCUACUACCAUGUCAACACACACUUUGCCUGGAAUGCAUGGACAUGCUGCAGCAAGGAAACAGGAUACAGUGUCCUCAGUGCAGGCAGGAACACACCUGUCCUGCUGACGGUCCUGCGCAGUUGCCUAAUAACUUCACUAUGCUGGCACUGUUAGAUGUCCAACAGAAGAGCAGUCCAUCGCCUACUCCUGUGAGCAUGAAGGAGUCCUCACCACCUGUUCCUGCAAGGCCAGAACCCAGCAGGCCCCCUGCAAUCAAUGAGGGUGUUAGGAACUCCAUUGCACUGUUGGCCAGAAAACUCCAGGAGAAAUCUGUAGAACUUAGUCGAAUUGAUAACAAGGAAAAGCAGACAGAGGACCUGUUUCUUUCCAUUAAGAAUAAGGUGGACAGUGCCUUUGAGGCAAGGACUCGUGACUUACAAACUCGUAGAGAUCAGUUAAUAAAGCAACUCGCAAGUGCCAGACAGGAAGAGCUAGCAUUCAUACAGGGUCAAAGGGCAAGCGCUUAUCAGUAUCUCCAAAAGCUGCAAACUGACUUUUCAAAAAUGCGACAUGCAUUGACAGCAUCAGCAGAGCCCAGAGAAGCUGAUCUGAUCAACUUACUCAGUCUGUGCAGGGGCUACUUAUCACAAAUUGAACAAUAUGCUCUGAACAUUGAUCAACGGAUUUGUAAUGUAGCCUUUACAGAUCCAAAUCAACAACAACUCUCGAUAAGUAUUCAAGCGUAUGGUUGUUUGAAUAUCAGCACAGACAAAGCAAAGUCUGUUCAGGCUGUGAGACCUACUAUGAUUCCAAGUGCAACAGUCUCACAGAGUUCACCUUCCAAUCCAUUUGAUCCAGCAAGGUCUUUUUCGGCAACCACUUCCAGUACUUCUUCCUCUCCUACCCCUGGACUUCUUUCACAAGGCAGUUCUGCUCCAUCCUCUGGGGAUGGUUUCUCUCAGAGUCCCUAUGCCAGUGCUUCAUCACCUGCUGUCACUCCUGUUACUCCUGUAACACCAGAUGUAACAUCUGGUAUAGCAAGGCAACAUUCCAGAGCAAAUAGAAGGUUGUCUGAGCCUCUAAGUCAACCAGCGCAACCAACACUUUCUGCAGGUAUUCCGGCUCCAUCACAGUCUGUACGGUUGUCCAGGCAUAUGUCAAUGGAUGCUGUUGGAGCAACAGUUCCUGUAUCAACCUCUCAACCAAACCCUGCUCCUAGUGACCAACCUCCUCCCAUUCCUCGUCGGCCAGGAACUUCAAGACUGUCAUCUGUAGGGGAGCAGCCCUCAGUGGAUCGCCCAAGGAGCAUCCUGUUACGGCAACACACAGUGCCAUCAGCCAUCUCUCAGACCAGGGGAGAUGCCCCUCCUCUCCCACCAAGAUCAAGUGUUCAAGUCUCUAGUGCAAGUGUCCGUUCUUCCAUCACAGAGGUUCCAUCUCCUCAGAGCUCAGCCAAUACCAACAACCCCUCUCAGCCGUGGGUCACAUUCACCUCUAAUGGUGCUCAAAGUUCCAGUGCAUCGCAAAAGCAGCGAGUCUCCAUCAUUGGGCAACUGUUUGAGAGACCAGUUGGGGUUCACGUUGUGGAGAAACUGAACAACUGCUUUGCUGUAGUUGACGAGCUCGAGCAUUGUGUGAUGAUUAUCAAUGAGGAAGGUCGCCUGCUGCGGAAAAUGGGGAGCAAGGGUGCAGGUGCAGGGCAGAUGCAAUUCCCCAAAGGAAUCUGUUCAAACAGCUCUGGGCAUAUCAUCAUCACUGACAGUUUCAAUCACAAGAUCCAGGUGUGGGAAAUCAGUACCGGCAGGUGCCUCAAGCAGUUUGGAUCUCGUGGACAUUCAAAUUAUUGUUUUGAUACACCCAUGGGUGUUGUAUGUGACAAGCAGGACAACAUCUAUGUUUGUGACUACAACAAUGGUUGCGUGAAAGUCUUCAACCCUAUGGGCCAAUUUUUGCGGCAAAUAGGGAAGAAGGGUGAGAGGGAUGGCCAAUUCCGUAAUCCUGCUUACAUAGCAUUCACGCAAGGAGGAGAGCUUCUGAUCACAGAUGCUUUCAAGCACUGCGUCCAAGUGUUUUCAUCACAGGGUACAUACCUGUACCGCUUUGGUAGGUGGGGAACGAGUCCUGGUGAUCUGAACUGUCCAAGUGGAAUCACAGUUGAUUCCCAGGGAUACAUUUAUGUGGCCAACAGAGGAAACCAUCGGAUUGAGGUCUUCAAUCCUUCAGGAUCGUAUGCACUAAACUUGGGAAGGCAUGGUACCGAAGAAGGGCAGUUGGAUGAACCUUUAGGGGUCUCUGUCACUAAAGAUGGACGAUUGUUAGUCUCUGAUUCUGGCAACAGACGCCUUCAGUUGUUAUGGCCUUGAAGACAAGUAGUAUCCUGGCUAAUUGUCAAGCUACAUUACAUACAGUGGCCCCAGGACAUUAUGAGCAGAGCUUUUGGGUCGAACCAUUGUUGAUUCAAAACAGCUUGUCCAUCUUAAGCUUUGGUCACAAUUUUCCGGCUCCACUGGAUACACAGAGUCCAUAAUGGCAAGUAAAGUUGCCUGUGUGGACUGCAAAUAGUACUAACUGCAAAAGACUACAACAAA